UGGCCGUAUUAAAGGGAGAACUGAAGUGGAGAAAAUAAAGACUCGAUUUUUGGGCUAAAUUUGCUAUCACUUCGCCAGAAAUUUCUUUGAGGUAGUUAAACUUUACCACAGACUCUAUUGGCUGUUGAUUGCUUCUCCUAUGUCCGGUCAGAUGGUGCUUAGCUACACCAAUUCAUUUGCAUUAUUUCGACCUAAAUUUAAUGGUCAUUUUAUUCCCUCCAUAUACCACACAGAUGUGUUAUCCUUGACGAGGCAUGUGCCGUCCACAAAUGCUCUCUCCGUUUGUCAGCUUCAGGCAUCAAAACUUCAUGAUAGUCAAGUCACCGUUGCAAGUGAUGUUAGAUAUGGUGGUAAACAAAUUAUAAGUGUUGAUUUGCCACUGUAUGACUACAUAUUGUCAAAUGUUAGAGAACCAAAGAUUUUGUGUGAACUUAGGGAGGAGACAGCAACAAUGCAAGGCAGUCACAUGCAGGUGUCACCGGAUCAAGCACAACUACUUGCAAUGCUCGUCCAGAUUCUUGGGGCAAAAAGGUGCAUUGAAGUGGGAACAUAUACUGGAUAUUCAUCCUUGGCUGUUGCCCUUGUCCUUCCAGAAGGGGGUCAUUUAGUUGCUUGUGAAAGAGAUGGCAAAGCAAUUGAGGUUGCAAAAAGAUAUUAUGACCGAGCUGGUGUGUCACAUAAGGUGGACGUGAGACAUGGUUUAGCAGCAGAUACUUUGAAGUCUUUGAUUCAAAAUGGUGAAAGUUGCAGAUAUGAUUUUGCUUUUGUUGACGCAGAAAAGAAAAUGUAUCAAGAGUACUUUGAGUUGCUGCUACAACUGGUGAGAGUCGGAGGUCUUAUUGUAGUCGAUAAUGUCCUAUGGCAUGGAAGAGUUUCCGAUCCACUGGUAAAUGAUUCGAAGACUCGUAGCAUUAGAAAUUUUAAUGAAAACUUGAUGAAGGAUAACCGCGUCAAUAUCAGUAUGGUGCCUAUUGGUGAUGGUAUAACAAUCUGUAGAAAAAGAUGAAGCAUAAAAAGAGAUUGGAUGUUGAACUGCCUUAGCCAAGCCAUUUCAUGUUUUUUUGGGUCUUACUUCUCACUUGGACUUAUGUACUAUGAUCUACUCCUUAAAAUACUUGUGUUUUUCAUUUACACGAUUCUUAAGAAAAUAUUAAUUAGGAGGGGUGUUUGAUUAUUGUGCCAUUAUUUAUGUCUUUAAGAUGUAAUAUUUCUUCAUUGAAUAUUUA